AUGCCUAAAACCGCUCAGAAAAAAGCAGAGGAUAACAACCUAUGUCCUCUUUGUCAUCAUGGCUUAGAUAAGGAUACGACCAGUAUUCCUGAAUUACCGUUUGAAAUAUGUCUGAAUGCAUUUGUAAAUGGUUCGCUUUAUUAUUGUGAAUUGUGCACCUACUUUAACAAUAUUUUUGAUGAGGCACAGUCAGAUGCCACAACAACAACAACAACAACAGCGACAACGACUAGCUCAGUGAGUAAGGGAGGAAGAGUCCGUGGAAGAGGCAGAGGUCGUGGUAGAGGCCGAGGAAGAGGCGGAAGAGGAGGCAGCAGCACAGCAACUAGCAGAAACGGCAAAUCCAGUCGCUCACCCAUCAUUGAAGUUAUCUCAUUCGACAGUAAAUCAUCCAUACCCCCUACUACACCAACCGCCAUUCCAUCUAAAAAUAUCGACCCUACCACAUCCUCUUCUACAAAUACAGCUGUUCCUGUCAGCAACAGCAUCGUAACAACCUCUCCAGCAACAGUCAAUAACAAUGUAACAAACAAUUUUCAUACUACCAAUUAUAUUGCUCAUAUCAAUGAUACCCUCUUAAAUAACCUGAACAGCACUGAUUCUCUUUCCAUCAUCCCACCCUCUACAUCCGAAGAUACACCAACGACUACUCAUACCACCUCCUCCUCCUCCACCACCACUUCAACUACUACUGAUUCCGCAGCAGAUACAGUAUUGAAUUUUGAUUUUACAACCAAUUUCAAUUCGAUAAUCCAAAAACAACAUGGUGUCGUACCCUUCAAUUUUUUGGAGGAAGAUAACACAACAAAUAUUCUUUUUUCGUAA